UCUGUAGAAGUGUAGAAAUUAUUACGAUCGCGAUUCCGACAGAUUUUCUUCAGAUUCGGAUUUCCGACAAAUUGUUCGAUUUGACCGUAUCUGUCUUAUUUCCAUUAACGUGAAAGUUAAUUCUAAAUAAUCAUGAAUGCCUCACGAACGAUUGUAUCCAGGCUAUUUCAACAAUCUGUGAGGCGCUACCACAAUGAGCACUUCAAGCCGCCCACCAUGGACGAGCUGCCGGUACCUCGGGGCUCCUGGCAGGCCCAGUAUGACGCUAACCAGCGCCGCUACAACCUCGUUCUUUUGUUUGGAAUCGCCUUCACUGCUGGAACAUUGGCUGUUGCUAAGGCUUCUGGACUGGUGUACCUGAACUACUCUCCCCCAAAGUCUCUGGAUUAGAUUUUGCUGUGAUUACAUUAUAAUUCAAAUUUUGUAAAAGAAAUGUCAGGAGUGAGGAAAACGACUUUGUGACAGUUACAUUUACAAAAAUUGAAUAAAAAUCAAUUAAUAGUCGCCUUAGUAUUCUAAUCAAUAUAUUUUUUGUUUUAGUUGACAUUUUCAUUUCCGUUAUAUUCCAACUCUAGCUUUGCGAUGACGCAACGCAACUAUAUCA